AUGUUCGGCAAGCGCCAGGAGCCCACGGCAGUGGAGGUCCACGACCAACGUCACCCUUCCAAUGCUGAGGCUAUGGCAAACCGCAAGAAUGUCACCAACACAGGCUUGACAGGUGCUUCCGCCUUGACUGUUAGACAGUCCAUCUUCCCCAUUACCCUCGUCACCAUCCUCUUCUUCCUUUGGGGAUUCGCAUAUGGCCUGCUCGAUGUCCUGAACGCCAAGUUCCAGACCUCACUAGGAAUUACGGCCGCCAUGGCUGGUGGCCUCCAGGGUUCCUACUUCGGUGCCUACUUCAUCGGCCCCCUGACCUACUCCGGUUGGAUCGUCAGAAGGUUCGGCUACCGAUGGACCUUCAUCACCGGACUUUGCAUCUACGGUGUCGGCGCUCUGAUGUUCUGGCCCUCGGCCGUCUACCGGUCAUUCCCCGGUUUCUGCGGAUCCCUCUUCAUUGUCGGCUCCGGUCUCUCGACCCUUGAGACCAGCGCCAACCCCUUCAUCGCCACCUGCGGUCCCCCGAGACUGUCCGAGUUCCGUCUUGAGCUGUCCCAGUCCUUCCAGGCCAUUGGUUCCGUCGUGGCUCCGCUGCUCGCCAGCCGUGUCUUCUUCGCCAACACGACCGACGGCGAUCUGACCAAGGUCCAGUGGACUUACCUGGGAAUUGCUGCCUUCGUCUUCCUGCUGGCCAUUGUCUUCUUCUUCGCGCCUAUCCCCGAAGUUACGGAUGCCGACAUGGAGCUGCAGGCCGAGCAGACCACCGAGCUCACCGGAUACACCGAGAAGCCGCUGAAGAAGCAGUACAAGCUCUUCUUCGGUGUCGCCGCUCAGUUCUGCUACGUCGGCGCCCAGGUCGGUGUUGCUGCCAACUUCAUCAGCUACACAGUCGAGAGUGCCGGUGUCACGCACGCCGUCGCCAGUGACCGCUUCGCCAUUGCCCAGGGCCUGUUUGCCAUCGGUCGUUUCGCUGCUGCCGGUGCUAUGAUGUACUUCAAGCCUCGCAAGGUCCUCAUGCUCUUCAUGACCAUGAUCAUGCUCUUCAUCUGCCUGGCCAUCGGAAUCAAGGGAGAGGGCGGUGUCGCCAUGCUCAGUUUGGUCCUGUUCUUCGAGUCCUGCAUCUUCCCCACCAUCUUCACCCUGUCCAUCCGUGGUCUUGGACGUCACACCAAGCGCGGUAGCAGUUGGAUUGUCGCCGCCGUCAGUGGCGGUGCGCUGUUCCCCAGUUUGACCGGACUUCUGGCCGACCACAAGGGAUACCACAUCGCCAUGAGCGUGCCCCUGAUCGGCUUCAUCGUGGCCUUUGCUUUCCCCAUCUUCCUGAACAUCAACCCCUGGAAGCGCGAGCUCGACGGAUUCCGCGAGACCCGUAUCGGAUACACCGACGAGCACGGCACCAUUGGCGACCCGUCGAGAGACGACAGCUUCGGCACCAAGCAACAGGUCCAGCAGAUCGCAUAA